CACUUCCCUGCCUAUGCGGCCGGAGAGCCGUGCCUCUCCCCAGCAGAGACAACCGCCUUCCAGGCACUGCCCAGAUUGCUUCCGACACCCUUAAAAUAAUACUGUUAGUAAUAAGUGGAUUUGCUUUUGGUUUUUGUUGAUUUUUUUUUCUCCUUAAAAAAAAAAAAAAGCAAAAAAAAAAGGCAAAAAAAAAAAAAAAAAAGGCUCCUUGUUCCUUUCUGUGUGGAAUAAACACCUGCAAACUCCCCCAGGCAGCCCGGCGCCCCUGCCAUGGAUUCCUUUAAAGGUGGAAUGAAUUUGGAGAGACUGCCUGAGAGCUUGAGACCCCAACCCUCCCAUGACAUGGCUUCCAGCUUCCAUUUGCAAAGAUCCUCGGAACCCAGAGACCCGAUCGACAACUCAGCCAGUGAAUCCUCCGACACGGAGGUGCCAGAAAAAGAGCGUAGCGGAGAGCAGAAAAACGAGGACGGGGCCGCCGACGACCCGGCGAAGAAGAAGAAGCAGCGGCGGCAGCGGACCCACUUCACCAGCCAGCAGCUGCAGGAGCUGGAGGCCACCUUCCAGCGGAACCGCUACCCCGACAUGAGCAUGCGGGAGGAGAUCGCCGUCUGGACCAACCUGACCGAGCCCCGAGUCCGGGUUUGGUUCAAGAACCGCCGAGCCAAGUGGAGAAAGCGGGAGCGGAACCAGCAGAUGGACCUGUGCAAGAACGGCUACGUGCCGCAGUUCAGCGGGCUGAUGCAGCCCUACGACGACAUGUACGCCGGCUACCCUUACAACAACUGGGCCACCAAGAGCCUCACCCCGGCGCCGCUCUCCACCAAGAGCUUCACCUUCUUCAACUCCAUGAGCCCCCUCUCGUCGCAGUCCAUGUUCUCGGCGCCCAGCAGCAUCCCCUCCAUGAACAUGCCCUCCAGUAUGGGCCACUCGGCCGUGCCGGGCAUGGCCAACUCCGGCCUCAACAACAUCAACAACAUCAGCGGCUCCUCGCUCAACUCGGCCAUGUCCUCGCCGGCCUGUCCCUACGGGCCGCCGGGCUCGCCCUACAGCGUCUACCGGGACACUUGCAACUCCAGCUUAGCCAGCCUCAGACUGAAAUCAAAGCAGCACUCCAGUUUCGGCUACAGCAGUUUGCAAAGCCCCGGCUCCAGUUUAAACGCCUGUCAGUACAACAGUUGACGGACUUGACACAAACCACCUCCGACAAAGCACCGCCGACAAAGC